AUGCCAGGCAUGUCUCCUCACUCGAGCUCAUUCGCUAGCGGCGACCAUCAUAUCGCAACAGCGGGAAGCAGCUUAGCGUCCAUCCACAGGGCUGAGCCAGCGUAUCCUCAUAAUGUUGACAUAUAUAUAUGGGAAAUUUCUUACCAGUCAGCUAUUGCCAUCCAGGGAGAUGUUUCGUCGCCGCUUGUUUCCUCUGCCCCUUCUCCCUCCACCGCAGACCCUGGUACCUCGUCACAGUCUCAACAACCUCAUCAAUCACCCAUUGAAGACACCGACCAGUAUCGCUCUGUCUCACCAACAACGCCUGUAACCAUCGACUUGAGACUCGGAAGCUCGCCCCCAGAAGAAGUUCUGCCAGCUCAUAAUGAGAGUACUCGGCCGGCUUUAUGUCCGAAGUGCCGCGACUACACAAGCAAACGCUCGUUCAAUUUGAAGCGACAUCUAAAAUCCUGUGAGAAGAAGGUUGCGAGUAGUCGAUCAAAAGCUACAGAGAAUACAAGGUCGAGAGUGUCUGGCACGACGGCGUUCUAA